AAGUAGAUCAGAUUCUGCUGAUCGAUGUGCAGCCCGCGCCUCGCACAGAGCCGAAUGACUCGCGCUUCCACCCGCAGUUGCUGCCCCACGCCUAGGAAUGGACGAUGACAGCAAUGGUGCACCUAGGGAUGAUAGCAAUGCUGACGCUGAUCGUCCCAGGGUCUGCGCGGACUCUGAACGCCACCGAGGUCGAGGGCCUCGUCGUGCGUGAGUCGAACGCGUCGACGGCCUGCGGUCCCGGCCCGGCAGCCGACCGGGGCUGCUCGCGGGUGGCCGUGCUCCUCACCGCGGGCUUCCACGACGUCCGGUACGGCAGAGGGCACAGGUUCGACGGACGACAGAAUGUCGACCCGGGCCACCCUCUCCUGGCCGCCUGGCUCCGGACGACGAGUCUGUCGCUGCGUCGCCACAUCAUCGAACCGAACCGCGCCGACGUUUUUAUCUACAGCUGGAACCCGAGCCUGGCCGACGCCUUCGACAAGCUGUACGCCCCUGUGCGCGCAGCCUUCGCGCGGAACGAGCCCUUGAUGCGCAAGAUCAAGCGCGGCGCCUUGGCGGGCUGCCCGGUAGUAAAUGCCGUUCUAAGGUGCAGCGAAAACGCCGUGUCCUGGGCCUACACGAUCCGCGAGGCCGAGGUCCUGCUGAGCGGGCACGAGCGCGCGCGCGGCUUCGAGUAUGACGCUGUCGUGUUUACACGCCCGGACGUGGUCCUCUUCGCGGACGUGGACGCGCGGGAACUCCGGGCACCACAUGAUGUUGUCAUGCCGACGCCCAACCGGGGCGAUCACUUCUUCAUGAUGCACCGCCGGACCGCCAGUGUGUUCGCGACCGCUUUCGACGUCGCGGCGACGGAGCCGGGCUGCGCGGUCGGCUGCCUCGACGCUGCGGGGCUGGAGGCGAUCGGAAGGGGGGAGGAGCGGGAGCGCGAGAUCGAGGUGCUGAGCCGCAAGGCCAAAGCGCCCCCGUUCGUCGGGGGCCGGCCGGUGAUGCCGGCGCCGGCGCCGGCGUCGGGCGAGCGCUACGACGCGAGCCGGCCGCCGCGCGUGCGGGCCUGGAAGUCCGCGCCUGCAGGCCCCGUGCGGCAGGCGCAUCCGGACCAUCAGCUCUGGAAGUCCGCGUUCCUCACGCUCCGCGCGAAGGCGACCCUGCGCCCGUCGAGGAACAACCAGCCGGAGCACGUCGCCCCCUACCGCACCUUCGGACUCGCGUGCGAGUUCCAGCCGCGCAACAUGUUUCCAGCUCGGGGAAAAGCACACUGGACGGCUCGUGAAGUAGCCGCGGUGCGCGCGGAGCUCGAUGCCAUCGCCAUCGACGACCGGCUCCUCGACCUCACGAUCGACGCGCACCGCGCGGCCGAGCCCGGCCGCGCGUUUUGCCCCUGGCUCUGCUCCGUCUUUCCGAACCGCUCAAAGGUCAAGUGCCCCAUGCGCCAGCCCUUUCUUUUAGUCGCCAGCUGCUGCCGCCACGGGCCGAAUUAUAAAGCACCGGCGCCGGCACCUCGAAAAUCGAACACAGCCCAAGAGACGGCCUUGGAUCGAGCCCGUAAAAGGGCCGCCAUGCAGCGCGCGGCCCGCAAUGAAAAACCGGCCGCGGGGUCCUGGCUCGCGCAGCAGCAGCGCGCCGAGGCCGUCAGACGGCGGCGGGCGAAGAAUAAGCGGGGGCCGUCGCAGGGCGAGUAAGUUUUAGCGGUGUGGUUUUA